AUGAGUGCUAUGGCCUGCACAGUCUACAAUGAACUUUGUAUGGAGGGAAAGCUCUGUGAUGUUGUCCUCAAGAUCAAUGAUGUUGAGAUCAAUGCUCACAAGAUCAUCCUGUGUGGCAGUAGUGACUAUUUCAGGUUGUCAGAAAUUCUUGAGAACACUCUGAGGAUGGCAUUGAUGAUGCCUGACCACAUCAUGAACAAUGUAAAGGACAAUGCUGUAGUGAAAGACAGUGAGGACUGUAAGCCCUUCAUCAUCAAUGCGUUGAGGACCAUGAACGACCUGAACAUGAAUGGACCAUCUAACACCGACUUCAGAAACCCUCUCGCCCACCCACGUCUGCCCUACACAAUCCUAUUGGCCAUAGGUGGCUGGAGUGAUGGUAGUCCCACCAAUGGCGGUGAGGCAUAUGAUGCAAGGGCAGAUCUCUGGGUGAACAUAACACAGGAGGAAGAGAGUCCACGAGCCUAUCAUGUUGCAGCAUAUGUGAAUGGAUUGGUAUACUGUGUGGGAGGAUUUGACAGAAUUGACUACUUCAGCAGUGUAAGAAAAUUUAACCCUGAGACCAGGACCUGGCACCAGGUUGCACCCAUGCACUCUCAGCGGUGCUACAUUAGCGUAGCUGUGCUAAAUGGCUGUAUCUAUGCUAUGGGCGGCUUUGACGGCCAUGUCCGCCUCAACACAGCAGAACGCUAUGACCCGGUGACCAACCAGUGGACGAGGAUCGCACCCAUGCACGAGCGGCGUAGCGAUGCUAGUGCAACCACACUGCACGGCAAGGCUGCGUUCUCUCUACCCCACAUUGUGCAAGUGGUUGACGAGUUAUUCUUUGUUAUCGGUGGAUACAAUGGCUUCAUCACUACCUGUAAUGUGGAGUACUAUGACUGGAAAAUGGAACACUGGUACGAGGCCCAUGACAUGAGCAUCUUGCAGAGCGCGUCGAGCUGCUGCUCGGUGCCUACACUGCCCAACGUGUUGCAGUACGCCGCCCCACGGGACCUCCCACAGGAUGCCCCCCAGAGCCCGUGAGACUGAAACCACCUCUAUCAGCAUCCUGAUGCCACAUGCCACAGCCCUGCAGAACCUCAUUAACAAUCCCUUAAUAAACAUGGACUUAGCAGACAGCAGAGAAUACAGUACCACUUUAUUCUUCAAAAGGAGGCAGUGCAAAGUUGUUGUUAAUAGUGCACUGUCAUGUUUUUUUGACUGUGGCUUUCCAAACCUCAACCAUAGCCACACAAUGGUGAAUAUUUAUAAUCUCCAUCCCUACUUCAUACUUUACAUUCCUAUCUGGAUCCUGCCACAUAUGAACACUGUCAUUUGCAAAGUCACAUGACCAAUGACUGGCUAAUCAUGGGCAUCUGGGAGCUCAUGCAUUAGAGGGAAGUGCAUAGUACAAUGGGGUGCGUGGUUGUACAGUCCUCUGAUGUUGCAGCGAUAACGAUGGCCACUUGAAAUGUGAGGGUGGGGGACCAGACAAUUAGCAAUAUGUCAAGGACUUUCAUAUUUUCAUAUCCAGGAAUAAGUAAACAAAAGCGUCUCUUUUUAAAAAUGCUUUUGUGUACCUUCAGCACGUUUUUAUUCAUUUGCAGCGCUAUAGGUUUUCCCGGCCAACAUAUGAACCAACACUAAAUUCUCUUCAUUGUCACCUUAAUGCAACAUCACUUGGUGAUAACUGUGAUGCAUAUAUGUAUCAUUUGUCACUGGGGUUUUACGGAUCUGCUGAAACCUAAAAUUCAGUAUUUUAAAUCUAACACCCACACUACAGUUCUGAUGCAUCGUGAAACUCACCCUGUAAUCAGUUGGCGGCUGAUAAAAGUGAUUGCUUUGGGAGAGAAA